AUGGAAAACACAACAAUCACUCCUGGCGAUCUGUCUGCCAUCCUUCGUAAGAAUGGACCCUUGGCUAUAAGACACAUCACCAAAGAAAUCAACAAGAUAAUACCAAACUUCGAUAAACUCUCCUCUUCCAAACAAAGACGGUUGAUCAUCAACACUAUGGAACUGGGCGAUAUCGAUAACUUGAUCAUAUUUGAAAAAGUAGGCUGGGGCCAAUGGAAUGUUAAAUACGUGCCUAAUAAGCUGGAUUUUUUCAAACUAAGAGACGAAAUGAACAAACAGAACCUGAACAAACACUUGCAUAAGCUGCCAACGAGCACGAGCACGAGCACGAUCACGAGCACGAUCACGAGCACGGGCGCAAACCCAAGCACAAGCACAACCACUCCUCCCACCACCUCCGCAGACGAAAUCCAUGAUUCGCCAACACCAAGCCACACCCCCAUCCCCAAAGCGGAUUCAAGAAUAGAUUCAGACGUAAUCGUCUCUGAAGAUGAAGAAAGUGACAGUGAAGCCGAUAGUGCAGCUAGUGAUGAUGAUACUUCCAAAUUGCAAGACAAUCUGUUCACCUACGGUAGAAGAAGGAAAUCAAGCGUGGUCUUUGACGAUUCCACUCCAACAUCUCCUCGUCUGCCUCAUAUGAACAUCAACUUGUCCACUCUAGAUUCUCAUCCCAUCAAACGACGCCAUUCUUCAUCCAAACCUGAAAAACGCUUAUCCUCCAGAGAAGCUCGUCUUUCAUUUUCCAAAGAAUCAAGUUUACGGUCCACACUUUUGGACCAACACAACAAACGCUCCUACAUCUCUUUGCAAAAUGCUAGAAAGAUCACCCCUCACCUCACACCACUCACCAAAUCAACAAGCCAUUCAGAGACUGAUGAAGAAGAUUGGAAAUCCAUCGGUGCUGAAAGCUUAAGGAAGAACAGUGUCGCCUUUAUGGAAGACAACUUAUCUUUGCAAAGUAUCAAAUCCUCCUCAGAUAUCGACCAAUCCACCCCACCAUUACAUCCCACACCUCAAGAUAAUGAAAACGAUGCAGCAAGACUCUUGCUUAGCUUAAAAAGUUAG